CUGGGAUUUCUUCACCGCGACAUCAAACCUGGAAACUUUGCGAUUGGACGACAAGACGCUAAUGAGCAUCACAUCAUAUAUAUGCUGGAUUUCGGGACAAAGAUGUUCGAGUACCCCGAGAAAUAGCUCCAUUUCGAGGCACAACACGAUACGCACCGAUUGCAGCCAUGAAACAGGCAAUCUUUUAAUUUGCGCGAAAAUCUUAGGCACUUAGUG